UUCAAAGUGGACAGGCGGGUGACAGUCAGGACUGUACACUUCUUCCAUCGCCCAGCGCCCUUUGUCCCACGUAUACACCUGCCCGCCAGGGAAACUGUUCUGACAGAGAGGGAGGCAGAAGCGUGCUUUUUAGACGGCAGAUUCCGCCCCGAGCAGACCCCGGAGCCCCUGAGGCAGUCCCUCCAUCUUUAGAAGAGGCUUGUAAUUCAUUGAUAACAGGAAGUUAUGAGGGACCCAGUGAGUAGCCAGUACAGCUCCUUUCUUUUCUGGAGGAUGCCCAUCCCAGAACUGGACCUGUCGGAGCUGGAAGGCUUGGGUCUAUCAGAUACAUCCACCUAUAAGAUCGAGGACAGCGGCGUUGGCAAAAUGACCGGGCAAGCAACUCGAGCAGAGCAGGAGAAAACCCCAGAAGGUGAUGCCCUCCUUGAGUACAGCACCUUCAACUUCUGGAGAGCUCCCAUCGCCAGCAUCCACUCCUUCGAACUGGACUUGCUCUAAGGCCAAGACUUCUCUCUCCCACCACCUUCCCUCAUUGUCUUCCCUUUCACGCCCCUCCUUUCUACCCCUUUCCCAUUUUAAUCUUGUUCUUUCCCCUCUAUUGUGUUGGUGGUGCUGAUCAAUCUGCCAGAGUUGAGUUGUAUUUAUGUAUGUAUGUAUGUAUGUAUUUAUUUAUUUACUCCAUUUUUCUCAAAAGCCCUCGAGCCGCAAAGUGAAGGGUUCAAGAAAUGGAGUAUUGGGUCACAGGGAUUCUUCCUUUCCCCCCCAAACAUUAACUCCAGAAAACAGGCCUUACUGGCUCACCGGAGAAUAGUGCAGUACUACAAAAUGGAAGACUGUUUUGCUUUUGUUUUUGUUUUUUCAGUCCAUUUUCAUCAGCAUCAGAGAUUGCUCAAACCUUCCUAAUUUUCUGCUGCAGGCCAGUAAACUCAAGUAUUUAGUGUUGAUGAACACCUUGGAAGUUUUGAGAGCAUCUGCUAAGUGAUAAGACUCUUUGCUCCUCCUAAGACUCUUCUCAGAGAAAUUAUUGAUAAAGGUAUAAGAGGAAAAAAAUACAUCAUGUAACAUCAAAACAGGGAAAAGUACUGAAUCAUUUCUGAAAUAGUUAAGCUCUUUUUCAAAAGGUGUUCCUUAGAGUCAACAGAAUUUGACAACUUGGCUACUAAGUGUGGGUUAAAUUCUAGUUGACGAAAACCAGAUUUCAAAUUUUGAGAUGCAAUCUUGCUGACUCAUAUGAAGGGUUUUGAUUCAGUCUUCUAAAGGCCUGUCCUUUCAGUUUCAGUCUCACCCUCCUGCAUCUGCAGUAUUUAAUACUGACCAAUGGGCCUUGGGCACACAUCUUCAGCCACCCUGAGACCAUGAAAUGAACAAUUAUAAUACAUUUUGACCCUACAUACCAUGUCCCCACUCCUUCCAAAAUGACUACUGCUGAUUUGUGCUGCCAUCUAUUCAUUUAUUUAAUAAAGACAUUCAACCCCAGGACUGGAGUCUAGUUUUGUUUCUUC